UUAUGGCUAACAUACCAUAGCAAUAAUAUUCAACACCAUCAAAUUUACCUUCAUAAAAUAGAGAUCAAUCCACUUAUUAAUAACCUACAUUAGGAUAAUAAUAAGUUCCAUAGAGUAUUUAUCAACCUCAACAAUCUGGUGAGAAAGGAUUACAAUACUUGCCUCAACAAACAGGUAUUUUACCAUAAAAUGUAUAAACACAACAAUUAUAUGGACAACCACAAGUUGGAAUAAUAGGAUAAUAAUUCACUCAACAACCAAUAUUUGGCCAAUCAUAAAUUUAACAACUACCCUAAUAAACAGUUGAAACUUAAUAAGGUCAAGUAGUAAAGGGAUAAUCAAGAAUUGAAUACAUUCCAUAUGAGAGAACAAUAACUGAAUAUGAAGAAGUGAGAAGACAAGUGCAAGUACCCAUCACAAAAUAAGUCACUGAUUAUUAUGCAGUGCAAUAUGACAUUGAAUAUAUACCUUAAGUCAUUCAAGAGAAAUAGAUAGAAUAUGUCCCAGUUGAAAGAGUAGCAGAAAGAACUGAAUAUUACACAGUUGAAAGAUAGAAUGUUGUAUAAUAAGUAUGAAUCAAUAUUUAUAUUUAGCCAAUUGGAUAUUAAUCAUCACAAGUCCAAACAUCAGCUACCUAUGCACCAGUACAAACUCAAUAAGUAACUCAAUAAUAUACAUAAUAUGUCUAACCUUAACAAUAAACUAUUGCAUAUUAAUAGCCACUUCAAAUUUAAUAGUAAUAUCAAACAAGAGAAGUAAUUCAACAACCAAUUGUUUAAUAAUAAUCUUAUUUACAAUAAAGAGAAAUAUUACCAUAAUAAUAAGUCUAAGUCCAAUAAUCAGUAGCAUUGUAACCAACCAUCCCAACUACUCAGUAUUUACCAUAAUAAUAAUAUCAAACUAUUUAAACAACACAACCCUAAUUAUAAAUAGCUUAAGUAAUUUUAUUCUUAUAUUAUUAAUAGACUGUUCCUUUGAAUUAUGGUUAAUAAAUCUAAACUAUUUAAACUCAAUAAUAACCUAUCGUCACAUCACCUGCCUAAGCAACAACCCAAAUUAAUCAAGGAUAUUCCAUUCCUGUUACCUAAACAUAAGCUCCUUAAUAUUCAGUUUAUGGACAACAAUCCCUUGGUCCUCAAUAGCCUAAAGCAUAAUAGUCUUUAACUCAAACUACACAAUAUAAUCCUUAAUUGUAAUAGACUGUUGCACCUGCAUAAGUAUCUAUUAUAAAUUAUACAUUAGUUUGUUUAAUCAGUACCCUAGUAAUAAUAAUAACAAUCAAUUCCAUAAGAUAUGGGAAGAACAAGACCAUAUCAAUAAGGUUAAUUGCCUUAAUAACCAUCCCAACCUUAAUAGAGUGGCACUGCUUAGAAAUAAAAUAAAGAAAAAUCAUUCUUGGAGAAAUUGUUCGAUUGAUU